AAUAGACCAAUGACUAUAUAGUACACUAAUUUAUUAGGAAAGGAAAUAUCUACAAAAAUAAAAUAAAUCAAAUCUUUAUCUAUUUUGGAAAGCCGACUUUGAUAUCGAAUAUAUAUAAAACCACCAGUGUCGCAAUACAAGAUAUAGGUAUUCAGUCAACAAAUAUGGAUUUUAAUUUAUAAUUAAUGAGCUUGUCGUAAUACAAUAAUUGAGUCGGUGAUAUAAUGGCACUUUCAACGAACAUGUCGCAUAUUAUAAAAAUAUACCAAAGAUUAACAUCAAAAUAUCCAUUGAUUGUUCAAGCUACCCAAGCUGGUACAUUGAUGGCACUUGGUGAUCAGAUUGCUCAAAACUUAGUUGAGCAAAGAAAAAUUAAGGAUUUAGAUUUUGUAAGGACAGCCCAAUUUGGAAGUAUAGGUUUUUUUAUUGCUGGUCCCGUAACACGAACCUGGUAUGGAAUAUUAGAUAAAUAUAUUGGUUCUAAAGGAGGAGUUGUAGUAUUAAAAAAAGUAUGUUAUGAUCAAAUAUUUUUUGCACCUUCAUUUUUACUAGUUUUAUUAUCUGUAAUUGGUAUGUUUAAAGAAAAUAGUGCAGAAAAUGUUAAAACAAAAUUAAAAAACGAGUAUCCUGAUAUUUUAAAAAAUAAUUAUAAGGUUUGGCCUGCAGUACAAUUAUUUAACUUUUAUUUUAUACCUUUACAAUACCAGGUUUUAACAGUACAAUCAGUAGCUCUGUUGUGGAAUACUUACAUUUCAUAUAGGACAAGUUUAGGAAAUCAAUAGGUGUAUGAAAUAAUUACAGGUUUAAAAACAUUGAUGGUAUAUGUGUAACUUUUUUAAUACAAACAUUCUCUUAAGUGUUAUAUUCUAAAAGUUCUACACAGUAGAGUAAUACAAAAAUUGGUGUCUUUUAAAAAACAAAUGAUGAAAAUGAUCAUAAACAAUAUGAUCUUGCAAUAACAAUUGUAAUAUUAUAAAUAACGAAUAAAAGAACUAUCUCUUU